CAUUUUGGUGCCGUGAACACAAUUCUUUGUGGCGUCCCCAGCAAACGGGAAUGACCAAUUCUCUAACUUUCAUUGUAUUUCUCUGUAUUUGGUGGAGGACGGUAAAGACUAAAGAGCAGAUUUCAAGUGGGAUUGACACAAGGACACAAUUCAAGUGCAAUGAAUUAAAUGUGACAAUGGGGAGUCUAAUAGAGAGCUAGAACUAGUCACAUAAACUACUGCCAGCAUAAGACGUGCUGAUUUUACAUGUUUGAUGAAGACACCUAAAAACAAAGGUCUGACUUUUCAAAGGAAACUGAGCCUUAUAACCACGACAGGUUUUGUUUUAUUGAGAAGAAAAAAUGACAAAGUUUGUCAUCUUUAAAUAUGUCAAUAUGUUGGAUUUAUACAUUUCAUUUAUACAUGUCAUUUAUUAUUUAAUCAUAUCCACUCAUCUGUUUUGUCUUUGCAUUGUUGGCCAUUCAUGCCUUUUGUUUGCCCAAACCUGUUGCAUGGAGUUUUAUAACCAAACCAGUAUGUUAUGUAUGUUUUUUUAAAAAGAGAUCUGGGAUGAUGAAGAUGUGGAUGAAAGCCCAAAAAUUGCUUUCCUACCAGUUAGAUGUAAUUGUGUCACUCUUAGUUAACUGAUUUUCAGCUGGCAUCAUCACAAAUUCUAUACUAACAAACUGUAAAGAAAAGAUUAAAAAUGUUCUCCGUGUGGAACCUAUUUUUUUCUAAUGCAAAAGGCACACAGCAUUUAACCAUUCUCUUGUUUUCUACUUGAUCUGCUUUUUAGUUCUAUAUUUCCAUUGCGAGAGAUGAUCAAUCUAUCCCUGAACAAUCCCUGUGCAUUCCUAAUACGAACCUCAAUCACGUAUGAUUGCGUUAAAAGAGUUAGCGAGGGAGAGGAGAGAGAAAGGGGGAGAGAGAGAGAAACAGAGAGAGAGAAAGGGAGGCAGAAAAGGGGGAGACUGUGGACCAUUCAGCGCUCGUUGGCGAUGUAACUCACCGACUGCGUUUGGAAGAGAAAAAAAAAACCUCCUUUAUUAUUUGUGUGCUACAACAAAAAGCACUUUUGUUUCAACUAAUUGUUGCUCCUCAGACACAAAUCGCUCCCAGCUGGCUUCAUUUCCAGCGCUGCAGCAUCCUUGCAGAGUAAAGCCUCUGCUGCCGAUUCCAUUUUUUUUUCAGACUGCGUUUAGAGGUACCAUCGACGGAACAGAAAACUGGGCUCAUAUGGGCUCCUGUCUGAACCGGCGGCGGACGGUCUCAUUGUUCAAUGUGCGCGGAGGUGACGAUGAGAAACAACAACCAAAGGAAGUUAGGACAACCUUGUUUCUUCUUUUCGCACGGAGAGGCGCGCAUUACUUGGCUUUAGGUGGACGCGCAUAAUUAAAGAAGCGUCAGGGAUCCUGCUGUGCAGAGGAGGAUUCGUGAUCGUUUGACGCGGCGCCGUUCACCUGGAAUACCUGAGGCUCUCCAAUGACAACGCAGCUGCACCGACCUCCGAACACUGUUGCAUGUUUUCACCCCUUAUAUUCCGGCCCCCAGCGGCCCUGCCCGUAGGUUUAUGGUUUAUGUCCCUGGAUCUGUAAGUGCUGAUUUCACGCCCCCCUCCUCCCCUCCUCCGGCCCCCCCGGGUGCGACCGAAACUCAGAACAGUUACAUGCAACUGUCUCCUCAAAGACCGUGCAUGGCAUGCAAGCAAACGAUGCGCGGGACUCACAGGAUUCUCUGAUCAGGAUGACAUUUAGUUAAAAACUCUCGGCGGACCGAGACCCAGAAGCGACGUUCUAUAUUCUGUCCCGUGUGCUCGUGUACCACGCAAAGGGGAGCGCAUCCAGACUCGACCUCUGCCGGUGGCGACUAUAGACUCUUUCUUUGCUGAUCGGGUUCGGGCAGAUGGCUGCUAUCGCCAGCUCCCUGAUCCGGCAGAAACGCCAGGCGAGGGAAUCCAACAGCGACCGCGUCUCCACUUCGAAACGUCGCCCCAGCCCCAGCAAAGACCCCCGCUCUCUCUGCGAGAGGCAUUUCUUGGGGGUCUUCAGCAAAGUCCGUUUCUGUAGCGGCAAGAAAAGACCCGUUCGGCGGCGACCAGAUGCACCCUUGAAACCUCCACAGGUGUCCCAUAAGGGCUGCAGGCUAGAGCCACAGCUGAAAGGCAUCGUGACGCGACUGUUCAGCCAGCAGGGCUUCUACCUGCAGAUGCAGCCGGAUGGGACCAUCGACGGCAGCAAGGACGAGAACAGCGACAACACCCUGUUUAAUCUUAUUCCCGUGGGUCUGAGAGUGGUGGCCAUCCAAGGGGUGAAGAGUGGCUUCUACAUCGCCAUGAAUGGCGAGGGCAUGCUCUACAGCUCGGAGGUGUUCACGCCAGAGUGCAGGUUUAAGGAGUCAGUUUUUGAAAACUACUAUGUGAUCUACUCGUCCACUGUGUACCGGCAGCAAGAGUCGGGCAGGGCAUGGUUCCUCGGCCUCACAAAGGAGGGACAAGUCAUGAAAGGCAAUCGGGUCAAGAAAACUAAGCCCUCAUCUCACUUUGUGCCCAGGCCUAUUGAAGUUUGUAUGUACCGGGAGCCGUCGCUGCAUGAGAUAGAGGACAAGCACCGCUCCAGGAAGAGCUCAGGGACUCCCACCAUGAAUGGAGGGAAAGCUGUCAAUCAAGACUCCACAUAGCAUCAGUUACAGGGACUUCCAGCUGGGGGUAGGGGAGGGUCGGCCUCAUCCUGACUCAGGGAGAAGGGGCCAAGUUGAAAAAAUAAACCUCACCGCUCCCCCUGAGAGAUCUGGACCUCCACACUCUUUUUAAUCAAAAGAGGGCGUGGGACAGCAGCAAGGAGCUAUUACUGUACAAGACAACAAAAACAAAACUGAACUCUUGCCUGUGAAAAUGUUUUAGAUAUCUAUAUAUAUAUAUAUAUAUAUUUAAAUAUAUAUAUUCUUGACCAACAUUUUAUGCAAAACUGAGAAAAAGGCUGUGAAAACAAAGGAUUUGUGGUCUCUACAUAUAUUCAAAUAUCUGUUAUUUUUAUUUUAUGUUGUGGAAAAAAAGCUUUAAUACAUGUUCAUUUUUCAUUCUUUUUUCCUAAACAUUGUUGCACUUUUAUCCUUUAUUGUGUUGUUGUUGUGAAAGAUAUCCCAAGCCAUUAUCGUUAUAACCCUCAUUACUAUUUUAUUGAGUGGGAUCCCAGUUACUAUGAGGGCAAAAGUGGUUCAGUUCUCUUGACCUUUUUCAGUUAUUCAUUAGUAUUUGUAUUUCUUACUGGAGCAUCUUGAAUGCAAGCUCAAAGGUCAAGGCUGAAAGUUACAAAUGGUGGGAUGUAAUUUACUCAGGUGUGUACUGUAAGUUAGACCAACGUGACUCAUGGGGAAUGAACUCCCCUGCUUUCCUGCUGUAGCAGGACAGAACAACAUCAAGCAAUAUCAUAAAGGGCAAUCUAGAAUGUUUUUAAAGGACUGUAAUAGCAAACUGGCAACACAUUGCUGUGGCUGGUGUACUCGUCUGUACAAGUGACUGACAAAGAAAGUUGCAUAAGGUGGUAAAUGUAAGAAUAGGGAUUUACUCUCUUGCUACAGUUAUAACAUGAUAAGAAAGACGGGUAGUGUUUGUGCAAAGUCAUGUGCGAACUUUACAACAUCAAGCAAAGUCGAUUUCCCCUUUCAUUGGACUGGCUAAUUGUCCAGGGUGUACCCCGUCUCUCGCCCGUUGACCGCUGGAGAUAGGCCCCAGCACCCCUUGAGACCAUACAAAGAUGAGCGUGUUAGAUAAUGGACAAAUGGAUGGAGAGAUUUCACGCCAUCCAUAAAUUGAAAGGCCAGUGACAAACCUUAUCAGUUAUCAAGAGUUGCUGUUAGCUAUAAUAAAUCACAAAAAACAUAACUCCAUAUACUGCUUAAGAGCUAUUGGAUAAAUCAAGACGUUUUCUCUGACUGGAGAUUUUAUCUUGUUUGCUUGUUUGAAAAGCAACAUUUUGUUUGGCAGGCUUAGUGGUGAAUUUCUUAACUUUCUAGAAUUUUAAGUUCCAGAACUCCCCUCACGUUCAUUGUGAAAUCAUUAGAGAUCUUUUCAUGCAGAUGGACAGGGUGCCUGACUGUUUAAUAAAUCACCAAUCUGUCAUGCAAAUAUUUCAACACAAUUAUUUUACUGCUAUUCAAUCACAGUGAAAACCGAAGGUUUGAUUGAGGCACGAAAUGAGCCAUUCGUUGCAUUAUGACAAAGAGUUUAUUUUUCAUACGUCUACACACUUGCAGGGCUGUGGUCUGAAUGGUACACCUCAUACUGUGUACGCUGCUACGCUCAUUCCUAGCCUCCUUUUUUAUUUUAUCUAUCUCAGGAAGUCUCGCAGUUGUUUCGGUAAUGGAGCCCGACUUAAAAAUAAUACAAUAAAAUAAUGGCUGCUUACGGUUCAGCUCUCAUUGCACAAAGCCGGGCGAUUUGGCAUGGAGGUGGAUGAUGCACAGCUGAACGUAGUCAUGUUAGGAACGCUGGAAGAAGAAGACAGACAAAUACAAAGCAUGGCCAUCACAUGACUGUAAACGUUUCUUUAAGUUUCAGAUGAGAUCUAAAAAAAAAAAUAUAUAUAUAUUUUGACUUUGGGGAGUAUAUGUCUAAAUAAACAUCUAAUAUGCAACACUUGUUUCAGUAUUUUA